AUGGACGAGUACUGUAGCUGGUGCAAGUCGAGGCGCUGGUACUACCGAUGCUCGACGUGCGACCCUCGCACCGAGAAGAAGCUGUGCACCAGCUGCUCGACGCUCUGGCACUUUCGAGGCGCCGCUCGUAGUCACCAGCUCACGACGAGUCAGGGCGAAACGCGAUCGUUCACCACUUGGACGUCCUCUCCGCCGUGCAACGGCAGCGCAGAGGCGAAAGAAGAUCAAGACGAGGCGAGAGCUGUGAAUGAAUCUCAAGCUCCGGACGCUGUUGUGGAGUUCUCGGAAGAUGUCGAAGCAGUAGCUGCUGGGGAAGAACUUGUUGAGGGGGAGGUAAAUGUUGCAAUCGAAAGCGGGAGUCGUGAUGAAGAGCACAGUCGAGCAGAUCGUGCGGACGUAGACGAUGGAGAAGAAGAAAAGAAGGAGUGCGAGGUGGUGGACGAUGCUGUUUGCACUCGAGAAGAUGACGACGCUACGAGAAGAGAGAGGAUGGAGUAUGAGGAGGAAGCGGAGAUUACAGCUGCUGAAGAAGUAGUCCGGGAAGCCGAGAUUGACCUGGAAUUGAUAGAGGCUGCGGAGGGUUCGGACCGGCACGGACAAGAGCAGGUGGAGCCAUGUGGCCAAUACGUCGAGUCAGAUUCGGUGGCUUCGACAGGCUCAGCUGUCCAUGCUAGCUCUCCAGCGCCACUAUCUCCUCCUGUUGCUGCUGCUGCUGCUGUUGCUGCUGCUGCUCCUGUUGCUGCUGCUGCUCCUGUUGUGACAACAAAUGCGUCGGAACGAGGUCAAGAUGCUAGACCCACUCUGGUUGAAGAUCAUACGGACGUAGCAGCUGCGACUCCAGUAAUUGGUCCAGCAACUAUCGUGAAGCCCCCAGAGCCUAUACGUCCUGCUGUUCGUGCCCCGAGUCCGACGUCCGAGCGAGUAUUAAAUUCCGCAAGUGCAACUCUUCAGUUGAAGCCCGUGGAUCUGGAUAAACUGCUGCGGUGGUUCCCCACGACAGACCGCGUGCUGACGGAGAUGCUGGCAACACAUAUAGAGAAAGCCCUUCGUAUCGAGGAUGCGCUUAUCUGCGCCCGGAUUGGAAAAUGCGAAAAAGCGUCGUGCCGUUCUGUGCUCCUGCAUUAUGAGCAUUGCAAAAGUGACAUAACUUGCGGUGAUCCAAAGUGUGCCGAGUUGGCGAUCGUGUACCGGCAUCGUUGCGCUUGCGGAAUGAGAGACACUGACAAUUUGAGUUUUAUGUGUCCGUUUUGCAUCCGCAUUCGACAAAGGCGAAGUAUAGGUGUCAGUACGGCACUCGAUUACCUUAUCAAUGACCAACGUCGCGCACUUCGGGGUCCGCACAGCGAAGCAAGCCGCAACUUCCGUUUGCAGAGCAUCGACAUGUUGCAGCAGCGCAAGUGGGUUCUCCGAGCCGAAACAGACCGACUGAACCAAUUAGCUAGCGAAAGCAGCGCUCCAAUUUUUAAUUUUCCAAGGUACCAUUGGCACUUUGGUGGAAAAGUGUUCAUCAAACGUGAACCAGUACCAGUAGACACCCACGCAAAGCUGCCUGCACCUGAAAGACCAGCGAACUGCACAAGUCUGUCGGCAACAACAGAGCCGCCCUCUUCGACUCAAGCAGAAGACAAAAGCGACUGUGUUUCAGAAAGCAAAGCGAGACUGCGGGAGGUUGAGGGAACUCAAGACGCAGGACGCGUAAAUACUGAUGCGGACCUCAUUACUGCGCUGCUUCGGGCGAAAAGUAAAGAUGGAAAUGGCAGGGAAGUGUCGCAGCGAGAGUUUGACAAAGUCGUGGAACUGGGUUACAGCAUCGUGGAUGCGUCGUUUUGCAUCCCACCCAAAGCACAGCGGUGUCUUCUCAACUGCAAGUCGAUCCUCGUGCACCUGCAACACCAUUCGGAUCUGCAGAUGUGCAUCCAUUUGAUGUGUGCGAAUGUGAAGCACCACUUUGCGCACUUGUCGCAAUGCAAAGCUCGCGGAGAAGCGGAAUAUUGCGAGUAUUGCCUGCUAGUAGAAGAACGCCGUCUGCUCCGGUCUAUCAAUCGUAUGGAGACGGAGCAGCCGAAGGCCGAAGCGAUGGUGCAGAAGAUCGUCGACGAUAUCACAGCCUCUUAUACAACCGACCGGCGAGAGCACGAAACGAUACAACUAGAUGGUGAGCUAGACCAAGCUGAGACCAACAAGCAAAAGUUGCUGGAGAAACUGCGAGCUACGUGCGCCGAUCUUCGGAAGACGCGCAGAAGCAUGGAGCGCCACGGUAUGUCGCCUGGCACGAGUCGUCAUCUCCCAGUGCAUUUCGGUGAUGUCGUGGACGCUGAUGUAUCGGAUGGCGGCUCUAAUAAGCGGCGUUUGAUGGACUCCAUCGACUCAAAUACCAAUAGCCAACUGUCGUAA